UCUCUUCUAUUACAACAGAUUAUACAAGCAAAGAAGCCCUGCAGCUUGCACUAAAUGGACAAGAGUAGUGAAUUCUUUGUGCCUGUUUUGACCCUUCUCGUCGCUGUAAUGAUUGCCUGUGUUAUUUCACUGAGAAAGAAACUAAAACACCAUGAGGAGAAAACUCGUAAACUUCCUCCAGGUUCUUUGGGGUGGCCGUACAUUGGAGAAACCCUCCAAUUAUACUCUCAGGACCCGAAUGUCUUCUUCUCUACCCGACAGAGAAGGUACGGAGAAAUCUUCAAGACUCACAUACUAGGUUGUCCCUGCGUGAUGCUGGCGAGCCCGGAGGCGGCCCGGUUCGUGCUGAUAACUCAGGCGCAUUUGUUCAAGCCCACGUACCCGAAAAGCAAGGAGAAUCUAAUUGGGCCUCGGGCCCUGUUCUUCCACCAGGGCGAGUACCAUAUGCGGCUGAGGAAGCUCGUUCAGGGCUCGUUGUACCCGGAGUCCAUCCGCAAGCUGGUGGCCGACAUUGAAGAACUAACAGUUUCUGCAUUGGAUUCUUGGUCUGAUUAUGGCGGAGUCAUCAACACUUUUAACGAGAUGAAAAAGCUCUCUUUCGAAGUAGGAAUCCUCGCUACUUUUGGCCGUCUGGAUCAACACUAUAAAGACGAAUUGAAGAAGAACUACGUUAUAGUCGACAGAGGCUACAAUUCGUUUCCGACAAAUUUACCUGGAACCCGUUACCAAAAAGCGAUUAAGGCAAGGAAGAGUCUAAGUAAAAUUCUUAGUAGCAUUACUAGAGAAAGGAGGGAGAAGAAAUUAGCGAUGGAGAAGGACCUGCUAAGCUGUCUGCUGAAUUCCAAAGAUGACAAGGGUGAAACUCUAAGUGAGGAUCAGAUUGCGGACAACAUAAUUGGAGUACUGUUUGCUGCUCAGGAUACGACAGCGAGUGCUAUGACAUGGGUUCUCAAGUACCUUCAUGACAACCCCAAACUUCUAGAGGCUGUCAAGGCGGAACAGAAGGCGAUCUACCUAUCCAAUGGGAGUGGAAAGAGUCAUCUGGCUUGGAAUCAGACAAGAAAUAUGCCCAUCACUCACAAGGUGAUCUUGGAGAGUUUAAGAAUGGCGAGCAUUAUAUCAUUCACAUUUAGGGAGGCAGUGACUAAUGUAGAAUAUAAAGGAUACCUUAUUCCAAAAGGGUGGAAAGUGAUGCCAUUGUUCAGGAAUAUUCAUCACAACCCAGAAUUCUUUCCUGAACCUCAAAGAUUUGAUCCAACAAGAUUCGAGGGUCCAUUGAUGCCCAAUACUUUUAUGCCAUUUGGGAGUGGCGUGCAUGCCUGUCCGGGGAACGAACUUGCCAAGCUAGAGAUGCUCAUUUUGGUGCAUCAGUUGGCCUCUCACUUCAGGUAUGAAUUGGUGGGAUCCGAAAGUGGAAUUCAGUAUGGUCCAUUUCCUGUGCCAUUGCAUGGGCUCCCAGCCAGAUUUUGGAAAGAAGAAAGCGCCAACUGAUCGAUCAUAGCAUGGAGAAGUCGCAUUACUCAACCCAAACUUACCUUUCAUUGUUGCUAUUUGUUUCCAAUCCUGGCCACCUUCAAACUUCACUUGGGGACAAAUGAUCACUCCCCUUUUUUCCCUUCAGUUCAUAAUUAAUAUAGGUUAAUAUGUACCUUAAUUUAGAAGAAAAUUCAAUCUCAUUCAUAUAAAUAUAUAUAUAUAUAUAUGCCACCA